AUGCAACCAGCCAUAGCCCUUGCCCUUGGCACGGCUUUAGUUCACUUCGCCGCCGUCAUCCUCAUAGACCGUGUGCGCCGCUACCGGGCUCUCGCCGCCUUGUCCCGCAAACACAGGUGCGCCCCGGCCCAGAGGGAACUCCCAUGGGACCUUCUGGGCCUGUACAAGGUCUGGAGCGCGGCCAAACACGUCAUCGCGGGCGACUCGCUCAAGGAUGCCGAGCGUCUAUUCGCAUCCUACGGCCAGACGUACGCCUCAUGCAUCCUCGGGCAGAGGGUCUUCUUCACGUGCCACCCGAGGAACAUGCGGCAGGUGCUCGUAUCGCGGUUCCAGGACUUUGACAGCUCCAAGGGCAUCAGGGACCACCUCUUCAGGCCCAUCACGGCGAGGGGGAUAUUCGCCCUCGACGGGGAGGACUGGAAGGCCGCGCGGGGCUUGUUCCGCGACCUGUUCUCCCACACGCGCACGCUGUUCGAUAUAGAGCUGCAGGAGCGCUGCUUCCAGAACCUACUUGUGCGGCUCGAGCACGAAGAGCGAACGAGCGGCAAAGCGAUGGACCUGCAGCCACGAUUCUUGGAUUUGAUGCUGGACCUGACGACCGCGUUUGCCAUGGGCGAGUCGUCCGAUGUGCUACGCCUGGACCAAAGCGCAGAAAAGAAGGAGUUCGUCGCAGCGCUGCUAUACGUCAAGAAGACGAUGGCGCGAGACGGGUUCUUGGGCCCGGUACACGUUUUCCUCAGCAAGAAGGAAUUUCACCGAUGUUGCGGUACAGUGCAUCGCUUCGUGGAGCGGGUGAUCCGGGAGCGGUUGGAGAGCAAAAGUCAGCUGGAGAAGAGCCAGAAAUCAACGCCGGACGGCGGUGAUGCCAGCGAACACAAGAAUCACGGCUGCCUCCUCGACGGGCUCAUGGAAUCGUCAACCAACGUUCUUGAGCUGCGGGACGGUGUCGUCACGAUCUUGAUCGCGGGCAUCGACUCUGUGGCCAGUCUACUGUCGACGACAUUCUUCUUGAUCGCGCGAGACCAGCGCGUCUUUGACAAGCUCCGCGAAAGCAUCCUGACCUCGAUCGGUCAUGAACAGCCCACAUACGAAUCUCUUCGCAAUCUUGGAUAUCUGCGACAUGUUUUCAACGAGACAAUGCGCGUGUACCCCCCAGUGCCCUUCAACGCCCGUACAGCCAACACCGACACCGUCCUGGCCGUGGGAGGCGGCCCCCACGGCGACGCGCCCGUUCUGGUCAAGAAAGGCGAGCGCGUGGUCUUCUCGUCGUGGGGCAGCCACCGCAGCCUGCAAAACUUUGGCGACGACGCCCAUGAGUUCCGCCCGGAGCGCUGGGACAAACUGCAGGCGGAGACGCUAGGCUUCAUUCCCUUCAACCAGGGGCCCCGAGCUUGCCCCGGACGUGGGUGGGUUCAAACAGAGCAUUACGCGCUGAUGGAGGCAUCUUACGCCACCGUCCGCCUGUUGCAGAUCUUUUCGAGUGUCAAGCCCAGGGAUGAGAAGGGAUGGCGUGAGAACCUUGGACUGAAUCUCUCCAACUUGAAUGGCACCGUUGUCGAGCUGGUGCGCGACCCGGCGGCUCCUGCGGCGGGCUAG